AUGGUAUCUCUGCAAAACAAGAUAAUUUACGCCCCCUUCCUACCCCCGACCGCACGGUUCGAAAAGAUCGCAGAUUGGCAAAGUAAGCUGUUUGGCAUCAACUGGAAGGAAAUCCACAUGCGGUCGGUCGGCGGGACAGAUCUUGCCUUGGCUGUCGCCAGUGUCUCCUCAGAAGUCGAUCAGUCAUGCGAACAGGGCGUCUCUCACCAUAUCUACAUCCUCUACCUUCAAGGGAACGCAUCGUCCUUGCCACCUCGCUUGCCGGAUCAUUCUUGGAUCCUGAGGAAAAUCAAAACAAGUUUCAAAGAUGGCUAUCCCGGGUGUGGGAAAGCCCGCUUCACCCAAGUCGGUUUGAGUUAUCGUGGGUAUUGGACUUCGGCGGGCACCCCGAACGAGAUUGGUAUCAACCUAGAUGCUAUUGCGGCCAUGAAGUGGAUAUCUCAGCUACAUGAGAACACUUAUCAGAAGGCUCAGAACGGCAGUCAGGACGUGAAGCCGAUAGUUUUCAUUUGGGGUCAGAGCAUUGGAUCAGGCUUUGCCACCAAUCUCGCUGCGUCUGGCGCGAUUCCGUCCCACCUGGAGCCAACAGCCUUGAUCCUUGAGACGCCGUUCUUGUCCGUCAAGGCAAUGCUCGCGUCACUCUAUCCUGAGAGGUGGUUGCCAUAUCAAUACCUCCACCCCUUCUUGCGAAAUUUCCUGGACAGCGACAAGAAUCUCGGCACCAUCGCUAUGCAGCGGCUGAAAAAGGGUGCCCAGCCACCUGACAUCUUCAUUCUUGAGGCCGGCAGGGACGAAGUGGUGCCUCCGAGUCACCCGGAAGAGCUUCGGAAACGGUGUAUGGAAUUGCACCUGCCGGUCGAGACGGUCGUUGUGCCUAGGGUUUUCCACAGUGACGCGAUGAAUGGGAGGGCUCACGUAGCCGAUUUCAUUAUGAAGCAUACGGCGAAGGUCAUCCGUACGAGCUGCAGCGGUCCCGGAAACCGAGCCGUGAUCGCAGCCGUUUGCACUACAACCAUAUCAGGCCUUCUCACCCGCCCCAGGCUGCGUUGGUCAAAGUUUGGUCGCAACAUGACCUUCGACGAUGUUUCUGUGGUACCUAUCAGCUCGGCCGAGGGCCUGAGGGCCAAUUUCGCGUCUGAGCUUGACAAGAUUGGAACCGCCCAAGACGGCUCAUCCCACGAUAUUCUGCAACAGAUCGUGUUGGGCUGGUCGGCAAAUGUCACGGAUGGGCUGCCCGAUGCCUUGAUUUACCCUGCGAGGCGGGAUCCCGCCAAACUCGGCCAGACCCUGGAGAACAGUCCCGAAAUGGACUCUAUGUUGAAAGCUGAGGAAAUAUCGGGUAGUUCAAUUCUCUGGGAAACCGACAGCCAUCCUGAAUUCGACGCUCCUUUGGUGAGCAUGGGGAGGUUGGAUGAGCGAAGCCUGGCUGUUUUGCGGGUUUUGAGAGAAUUGACGGAUUGGAAGGACGAGCGCCUGGAGAUCUUCAUGAUAAAAUAUGACGGAACCCUCGGCGGCCAUGGUCAAGAGACUCUGCAGUAUCUGGAUCUACUGGGUCGCCCUAGACUCGUCGACUUCAACAUGCCCCGCCUUGACGUCCUCAGCUCGUCUCAUAGUGAAUGUGACGUGGCUUUUGUGCUGUACCGCAAAGACCUUCUGGUGGAUAGUCUCGUGCGGCUAGAAAUUCGCGAUGAUGAAAACUAUGAAUGGCUCAAAAACCAGAUCGUGUGUUUUCUUAUACACCUUGCAGCUGAGAGGCAUGCUAACUACAUACUUGACCUUGCGAUUGAUGAGUUCAACGAGAGCCGGUCUAACGUCGACACUAAUGUUGACAACAAGUUACUACGACUCCCAGACGCGCUAUGGGUGUUGGAAGCACCCAAAGAUGUUGCCCAGAACCCGAACGGCUUUGUUGCUAUUUUGAUCGACGACUAUUUCAGCAACAUCGAGGCAGCUGUGGGCUACCCUGAAGGCGAUCUGGGCUUUGAAGAGGCAGGGACUGUAAUUCGGAUUUGCGUGGAGUACCACCAUGGGUUUGACAGAGCUACGCACGUGAUCCGAUCUUGGUAUUAUUGCUUCCGUCACCAUGCGCUCCCUUUCUUGCGUCUUUCCGACAUAAUACGCAUCACCGAAUUCUCCAAGUACAAUGUGGCUGGCAAGAUAGCAGGCGGCACCUUCGACAAUGCCUCAGAAACACCUAGCCGCAGGCCGAUGGAACGGGACGAGAUUAGCGGUAUGUUUGCGAACAUGGUACAGCUAGGAUGGUACAAGGAAGCUGUUGAGUUCCUUCGUGAAUUCGCGCUCCGAAGACUAUGUGCAGGGGGCCCUGGCUUCACUGGCGAUAUCUUCCACUUGCUGUGGCUCCCCUUCUUCGCCGACGUCUUCAGAUGGAACGCAGACCACAGCACAUACACCAUCUCGCGCAUUGCUCUCAGCCACAUUGUCCGUCAGCUCGACGACCGCGACUGUGCCUGUCACACCCGCGAAACGAAGGCGGCAGGGCCGGUUCUUGUCCUGCACAAACGAGAUAACGAAAGAGUAUGGAGGGCAUGGAAUGAUAGGAGAGAGACGGCAAGGGGGAAAUUGCGUGAGUUCGGGUGUCUUGAAGAGAUCUUCGGGGAGCAGCACGCAGUAUGGGGAUCUCUGGCCUUUCUCGAAAGAGCCUCGCCCCUCGAAUUCACGACUCCAUUCACCAUGGUACAUACGAAUUCUGAAGUCGACAAAACGCUGUUAGAUAUCAGGCAAAUGCUGCUAGAGAUGCUUAGCCUAGUGCGGCAGGUUGGGAGCCUAUCGUGGAAGACAGUCACUCUCAACUCCCAAGGACUCGUCCCCUUCUAUACCACUGUCACUCUGAUCUUUCUAUCCUUUACAUUCCUUGCCACAUAUCGCCUCUUCUUCCACCCCUUGUCCAAACUGCCUGGUCCUUUACACCUCAGGCUCACCAACAUUCCCCUUCUGUGGCGCUCGUACGUCGGCGAUGAAGCGACCUAUCUCACCUCCCUCUUCCGCCGCUACAACACGCCAAUUCUGCGCAUCGGCCCAGGUGAAGUCCUGAUCGCCGACGGUGCUGCACUCGCUCCCAUCUACAGCUCCAAUGGCGGAUUUCCUAAAGCCACCUGUUACCGCAAUUUCGACAUUGACGGCUUCCCCUCCCUGUUCUCAGCCUUGGACAGAUCUCACCGUGCGCCGCGGGCGAAGAGCGUGCAGCCUCUUUUCGCGACUGCUAGCCUGAGAAAGGGCGAGGAGAGGGUCAAUGCUGUCGCGAAGGACCUGGUGGACCGACUGAAGCGCGAGAGAGAUGCGGCCAAGGACGGGGACAGGAAGGUGGACGUCCUCGACGCGGCGAGGAGGGCUGCCGUCGACACGGUCACAGCGUACCUCUUUGGGGUCAACUACGGAGGCAUUGGUGAGGUUGAGAAGGCCGAGGAGAAGGCCCAGGGCAAAUUGAGCGCAAGCGAGUUUGUGAACGCGUUCGUCGCCGUGGGCAGGUUCUUCUUCCUUCCGACCUGGGCUUUCAUGGCGCUUGAGCAGGGGGCGGCCUAUUUCUUUGAGACCGAGGACACAAAAGCCAGUUUCAACAGCGUUCAAGAAUUUGUUGAAAGACUGGUAGACGAAGCAGACAUCGGGGACGAGACGUACCAGGCGAGGAUGUUGAGGGCUGGGUUAAGCAGGGAGGAGGUAGCUGCGCAAUUGAAAGACCUGAUGUUCGCCGGGACGGACUCCAGUGGGAUGAACUUGAGCACAUUCUGUUGGCAGCUAGCCAAACACCCAGAGAUAUAUGCAAAAGUCAAGGCAGAGGUCCUACAGGCGAAGCAAAACGACGAUGGUUAUGACCCGUCCUUGCUGCCUUGCCUGCGCGCCUGUCUUAGAGAGACACUUCGUCUGAGCAUGGCAAAUCCAACCCGGCUCCCAAGAGUGGUUCCUGAAGGCGGCUGGGUGUUCACACCAACAGCGGGCUUCUCAUUCACCGGCGAACCUUCAGCAGCAGGGAAGCAGAAGCCCUCACAGCGUCCAUACUACCUGCCGGCAGGAACGAUUGUCUCGGUGCAGAUCCACACGAUUCACCACAAUCCCGCCGUGUUCACGGACCCAUACGAGUUUAAGCCUGAGAGAUGGCUCGAAUCGUCUCCCGAACAGCUGGAGAGGAUGAAUCGUGACCUGAUCCCAUUCUCACUUGGAAGCCGAGCCUGUAUAGCGCGCAAUCUGGCUAUGAUGGAGCUGAAUGUAGCGUCUGCUGCGAUUCUCGAGAGCGGAGUGCUUGAUGGGGCAACAAACGUGGGUGAAGAAAUCGACAUUCUCGAGUGGUUCAAUAGCAAGGUCCGGGGAGAGCGUAUAGAGAUCGAAUAUGCACCCGCCUGA